AUGAACAGACCUGACCUGGGCAGAAGGACACGAGAGGCUUGGGGAGCAUUCAAAAGCAUCGAGGAUGUAGUGAAGAGGACCAAGAACAUCCGGUUCCAUGCUCACCUAUUCAACACCACCGUUCUUCCUGCUUUGAAUUACGCUUCAGAAACGGGGGUUUCGCAAGCAGGAGGAAAAUGCGAUCAACGUCAUAGAACCGGAAUUGAAAGGAUGAUGCUAGGAAUAACCCGCUUUACACAAGUGAAAGAAGGGAUUCGAAGUUCACUUCUACGUCACCGACCGAAGAUCAGAGACGCUGCCGCAUAUGCUAAGGAAAGCAAAAUUAUUUGGGCCGGACACGUGAUGCGUUUCAACGACAAUCGUUGGACCAAAGCCGUAAGCGACUGGAUACCACGCGACAUCAAACGCACCGCAGUAAAACCGCCGACCCGAUGGUCGGACCUCUUCACGAAGUCCUUCAAAGAAAAGUACGACACUUUUCGAGUUCCUUGCUAG